AUGCUAAGGUUAGUGUCUUCGCAAUCAUGCCGGUUUAGUUCAAGAAGGCUAUUGAAAACGUCCCUGCUGAAGAAUGCAUCUACUGUUAGACUUGCUAGAAGAGGACUAGCCACUACUGGUACAGACAAUUUCUUAUCGACUUCAAAUGCCACUUAUAUUGAUGAAAUGUACCAAGCUUGGCAAAAUGACCCAUCUUCGGUUCACGUCUCAUGGGAUGCAUAUUUCAAGAAUAUGUCUAACCCAAAAAUUCCUGCUAAAAGCGCUUUUCAGGCCCCUCCCGGUAUCAGCAAUUUUCCUCAGGGCACUGAAGCCGCUCCAUUGGGGACAGCAAUGACUGGUUCCGUAGAUGAAAACGUUUCCAUACAUUUAAAGGUGCAAUUACUGUGUAGAGCUUAUCAAGUGAGAGGUCAUUUGAAAGCCCAUAUAGAUCCUCUAGGAAUCUCAUUCGGCAGUAACAAAAAUAAUCCUGUUCCACCGGAAUUAACCCUAGACUACUAUGGCUUCAGUGAACAUGAUCUCGAUAAGGAAAUCAAUUUAGGACCUGGUAUCUUGCCAAGAUUUGCCAGAGACGAAGGCUCCAAGAUGACCUUGAGAGAAAUUGUAGAUCAUCUAGAAAAGCUAUACUGUUCUUCUUAUGGUGUACAAUACACACAUAUCCCAUCCAAGCAAAAGUGUGAAUGGUUAAGAGAGAGAAUUGAAAUAUCUGAACCUUACCAGUAUACAGUAGAUCAAAAGAGACAAAUCUUAGAUAGAUUGACAUGGGCUACCUCGUUUGAGUCAUUCUUAUCUACAAAAUUUCCAAAUGAUAAGAGAUUCGGACUAGAAGGUCUGGAAAGUGUUGUUCCAGGUAUCAAAACUUUGAUCGACCGCUCUGUUGAGUUAGGUGUUGAGGACGUCGUUUUGGGCAUGGCUCAUCGUGGUAGACUAAACGUUCUAUCUAAUGUGGUCCGUAAACCAAAUGAAUCUAUCUUCUCCGAAUUUAAAGGCUCCAGUGCUCGUGAUGAUAUUGAAGGUUCAGGAGAUGUUAAGUACCAUUUGGGUAUGAACUAUCAAAGACCCACCACCUCCGGUAAGUACGUCAAUUUGUCCUUAGUGGCUAAUCCAUCUCAUCUAGAAUCCCAAGAUCCAGUUGUUCUUGGUAGGACUAGAGCUUUAUUGCAUGCAAAGAACGAUCUCCAGGAAAAAACAAAGGCCCUGGGUGUCUUGCUACAUGGUGAUGCCGCCUUUGCUGGGCAAGGUGUUGUGUAUGAAACCAUGGGAUUUUUGACCCUACCAGAGUACUCUACAGGUGGUACAAUCCAUAUUAUUACAAACAAUCAAAUCGGUUUUACUACAGAUCCAAGAUUUGCAAGAUCUACACCUUAUCCUUCUGAUUUGGCAAAGGCAAUCGAUGCUCCGAUUUUCCAUGUUAACGCUAAUGACGUGGAAGCUGUGACGUUUAUUUUCAAUUUAGCCGCAGAGUGGAGGCACACGUUCCACACAGAUGCCAUCAUUGAUAUUGUUGGUUGGAGAAAACAUGGUCACAACGAGACCGAUCAACCGUCGUUUACUCAACCAUUAAUGUAUAAGAAAAUUGCCAAGCAAAAGUCCGUCAUUGAUGUAUAUACUGAAAAGUUGAUUAAUGAGGGUUCAUUCUCCAACAAAGAUAUUGACGAGCACAAGAAGUGGGUAUGGAACCUAUUCGAAGACGCUUUUGAAAAGGCAAAGGAUUAUGUUCCAUCACAAAGAGAAUGGUUGACUGCUGCUUGGGAAGGAUUCAAAUCUCCAAAAGAAUUGGCCACUGAGAUAUUGCCUCAUGAACCAACAAAUAUUUCUGAAAAAACUUUAAAAGAGUUGGGUAAAGUACUUUCCUCGUGGCCUGAAGGCUUCGAGGUGCAUAAAAAUCUGAAAAGAAUUUUGAAAAAUAGAGGUAAAUCUAUCGAAACGGGUGAAGGUAUUGAUUGGGCUACCGGUGAAGCUUUAGCAUUUGGUUCUUUGGUGUUAGACGGGCAAAAUGUCAGAGUUUCUGGUGAAGAUGUAGAAAGAGGUACAUUCUCUCAGCGUCAUGCAGUCUUGCACGAUCAGCAAUCCGAGGCUGUCUACACUCCGCUAAGCACUUUAAAUAAUGAGAAGGCCGAUUUCACAAUCGCUAAUUCCUCUUUAUCUGAAUACGGUGUUAUGGGCUUCGAAUAUGGUUAUUCGUUAACCUCUCCAGACUACUUAGUCAUGUGGGAGGCUCAGUUUGGUGAUUUUGCGAAUACUGCGCAAGUUAUUAUUGAUCAAUUUAUUGCGGGUGGUGAACAAAAGUGGAAACAACGUUCUGGUUUAGUCCUAUCUUUACCCCAUGGUUAUGAUGGCCAAGGACCGGAACAUUCUUCUGGUAGAUUGGAAAGAUUCUUGCAACUAGCUAAUGAAGAUCCAAGAUACUUCCCAUCAGAAGAGAAAUUACAAAGACAACAUCAAGAUUGUAACUUCCAAGUUGUGUAUCCGACAACACCAGCUAAUUUAUUCCAUAUUCUAAGAAGACAACAACAUCGUCAAUUCCGUAAGCCGCUGGCACUAUUCUUCUCCAAACAACUGUUACGUCACCCAUUGGCAAGAUCAUCACUUUCUGAGUUCAGCGAUGGUGGAUUUCAAUGGAUUAUUGAAGAUGUUGAACAUGGUAAGAGCAUUGGCACGAAAGAAGAAACCAAGAGAGUGGUCUUGCUAAGUGGACAAGUUUACACAGCGUUACAUAAAAGACGUGAAACCUUAGGUGAUAGGACCACUGCUUUCUUAAAGAUUGAGGAAUUACACCCAUUCCCCUAUGCUCAAUUACGCGAUUCGUUGAACUCUUAUCCAAACUUGGAAGAAAUUGUUUGGUGUCAAGAAGAGCCAUUGAACAUGGGUUCAUGGGCAUACGCAGAACCAAGGCUACACACCACAUUGAAAGAAACAGACAACUAUAAAGAUUUCAAGGUUAGAUAUUGUGGGAGAAACCCAAGUGGCGCUGUUGCCGCAGGUAGUAAAUCAUUACAUUUGGCUGAAGAGGAUGCUUUCUUGAAAGACGUUUUCCAACAAUCCUAA